AUGCAGAUCUGGCGCAGUCUCGCGUCUGUGAACAGACUUGGUCACAGAUCAUACAGUUCCAAGGCCUCCGUUUCGCGAUGCGCGCAGAUUCUCCAAGCUAGCAAAACUGGUCCCUGCCAGUUCGAAGACCAAGAGGUCAAGAUCAACGGCUUCAUUCGUUCAGUUCGAAAACAGAAGCGCUUCGCUUUCGCAGAGAUCUCUGAUGGCUCAACCGUGGAGCCAUUGCAGGCAAUUCUCAAACCUGCACAAGCAGCCGAUUUGUCUACUGGAGCCGCAGUGGAAAUUUCGGGGUUAUGGAAGGCUUGCCCACCGGGUAAAGAGCAAACGCAUGAGCUUCAAACAACAGACGUAACAGUCGUUGGCGCAUCAGACCCAGAGACAUUCCCCAUCCAAAAAAAAUACCAGAGCCCCGAAUUCUUGCGUCAAAUCCCUCAUCUUCGCAUCCGAACCCCCUUCAACUCUCUUCUCUCGCGUUUCCGCUCCGAGUGCAUGUUCCAGCUUGGGAAUGUUUUCCACUCCCACCCAAAUGGAGCUUUCACGCAAGUCCAACCUCCGCUCAUAACGUCGUCUGACUGCGAAGGGGCGGGAGAGACCUUCACAUUGGCACCGCGUGGUGCUGCUACACCUACUGCCGAGAACGAGCAUUUCUUCCGGGCACCCAAAUACCUCACGGUGUCGUCGCAAUUGCAUCUCGAAGCUUAUGCCGCGGAGCUGGGAAAUGUGUGGACACUGACACCUGUGUUCCGCGCAGAAAAAAGCGACACACCACGUCACCUGAGCGAGUUCUACAUGCUUGAGGCCGAAGUCAACUUCAUGUCUGACCUUGCUUCCCUUACGGGUUUGGUUGAACAUAUGCUUCGCGACUUGACGCGGCGCCUAUACAACACUCCUGUAGGCCAGGAGAUCCUAUCCGCAAAGAGAUCAGGCGAGACAGGACAGGAAGCUAGCGCCGAGGCAGGAUCUUUGCGACAGCGAUGGACGGAUCUCAUGGAUGGUCCCGAAUGGGCCCGAAUUACAUACACCCACGCAGUGGAACAGCUCCAGCGCGCGGUUUCCGAGAACGGGGCCUCAUUCGAACACCGCCCAAUUUGGGAGGGAGGCCUACAACUUGAGCAUGAAAAGUACAUCGUUGAAGUACUCCACCAAGGUCGACCAGUCUUUGUCACAGACUACCCGAAAUCAGUCAAGCCAUUCUACAUGGCACCCUCUGAGGUGACUGAGUCCAGCAACACGUCCAGGGAGACCGUGGCUUGUUUCGAUCUACUGCUCCCCGAAGUCAGCGAAGUCGCCGGGGGAUCCUUACGCGAGCACCGUCUGCCCGAUCUCAUCCAGAACAUGCGCGAGCACGGGCUCAUCAAGUCCCGACAGCUGCCAGAAUCCGACAAACCAGCCCCCGAAGAACCCUUGUAUCCUUACCUCUCCCCGGACGAGGAUCUCAGCCACCUCCAGUGGUACGCUGAUCUUCGACGCUGGGGAUCCGCUCCUCACGGCGGAUUCGGGCUCGGCUUCGAUCGGUUCCUGGGAUACUUGAGCGGUGUCUCGAGUGUGCGAGAUAUCGUCUCCUUCCCACGAUACUUUGGCCGAGCCGACUGUUAG